AUGACCAACAACUAUGUCAUACCAGAGGAGUGUCGAGCCGCUGUGGUUGUCGACGAAGGCCCGAACUUUACCAUAAAGACCCAAACGGUGAAGGUUCCAGUACCAGGUCCCGAUGAGGUUCUGAUCAAGCUGAAUGCCACCGGUAUUUGCUAUUCAGACAUCCACUACAUGUUAAACGACACUGGUGGUCGAAAGAUGUCGGCAUCAGGUAUAUGCUCCGCUGGCCAUGAAGGGUCGGGUGUGGUUGUUAAGCUAGGUGACAAUGUGAAGACAUUCCAGGUUGGGGAUCGUGCCGGCGUAAAGCCAAUUUGGAACACAUGCGGAUCUUGCAAUCUUUGUUGGGGUGGGAAGGAAGUUCAUUGCCAAAAGAAGGUCCUCACCGGAGUGGGUGCUACUGGGACCUUCCAACAUUAUAUCGUUUCUCCAGCGCGAUACACCACGGUGAUUCCCGAGGGAAUUCCGGAUUACGUUGCUGCUCCCGCCAUGUGCAGCGCAGCUACCGCAUAUCGCUCCAUCAGAGAAUCCGAACUCGCUGUUGGGUCAUGGGCCACAAUCAUCAGCGGAGGCGGUGGUGUUGGGAUUCAAGCUGUGCAGAUAGCAAAAGCUUUUGGGCUGAGACCCAUUGUUGUUGACACAGGAAGCGAAAAGCGCGAUCUAUCAUUGAAGAUGGGCGCAGAGGCCUUCGUGGAUUUCAAAGAGUUCCCGGAUACGGUUGCAGAGGCUGUUCGUCUCACUGGAGGUAUUGGAUCCCAUGGCGUAUUUGUUACAGCACCCCCCGCAUAUCCAACGGCUAUCGGUUACAUUGGUGCUAGAAUCGGGGGCGUCAUUAUGUGCAUUGGACUACCUGCAGCAUCGUCUGGGCACAUCAUGAAUGUGAAUCCCACUAUGAUGAUCUUGAAAAAUCUGUCGAUCAAAGGAACAUUGGUGGGUACGAUGGAGGAUACAGAUGCAGUGUUGCAACUCGUUCAAAGAGGCUUGGUGCGAGAGGUCUGCGAGGUAUUGCCUUUUGAAAAAUUCCCUGAAGCAGUCGAUCGACUCCGCAGGGGGGAGGUUGCCGGAAAGCUUGUAAUAGACUAUGAGGCUUGA